CCCCGCAAGAAGCCAUCAUCUCUCUCUGUUAUUUCUUGGUCUUAUUCUCAAGCGGCGAGGCGAGAGAGAUUCUCUGCAACUUUCGUCGAUCCCUUCUUCUUCUUCUCUCUCUCUCUCUUGAGCAAAAACUUUUAUCGAAUUUCGUUUAAUUGAGCUACGUAAUCUUGAAUUCUGCAGCGUGUUGGUAUUGCUUCUACUUCACGUUGUUUGUUUGUUCCCUGUCUUUCUUUUUUUUUUUUUUGGCUUUUCAGAGAUAUUUUUCUUUGUUGGGUGUGUUCUUCUUCUUCCCAGAGGAGUUUGAUAGUGAUGAAAUGGUGAGAAGCUCUGGAAUAGAUUAAUGUGUUGAAGAAAUGGGCACAAGAAGCGAUCUGAGAGGCUUUCUUAAACAGAGCCAAAAGGCAGCAGGAGAUGGGAGAUCAUCUUCAUAUCGUCUUCUUAACUCAGGAAGUCGAAAGGAAUGUGAUGAGGUUGUGAAAUACAUGUCCAAGUUGCCGCGUUAUCUCCAAGGAGAAAGUAAUGUUUUGAACGUUGGAGUCUUGGAUUGGUCUCGUCUUGAGAAAUGGCAGAAGCAUGGCCGAGCGAAAGGCGCUGCUGAUACAUGUGAGGAGAGAAGAGUGUCUUCUUCUACUACUUUAGGAACGCUUCCCAAUGCCUCCUCGAUUGGUGACCACCACCAAGUGCAUGCUGGUUCCAAUCUCCGUAAAAAAGUGAAAGCUUCCCGGGAUCUUCAACUCGGAGUUAGUUGCACCUUGGAACCCCCUGAGGCUAGAGAAAGCGGGAAACAAUGUGUUGAUGAGUUAAUUGGAGAGGAAGAGGACAAGACCGUUGUAGGUUCGAAUGUUCAUGACAUUGUUCUCCUGCGAUCGAGACGAAGCACCCUUUCUAAAGUAGCAGCAGCAAGUGAGGCUCUCGACUUUAGCUCUUUAGACUUGGGAUCUCGAGCUCCUCCUCCUCCUUCCUCUCCACUCUCUUUCGACUUUGGGAGAGAUUCUGAAGAUAUCAUGUUGCUGCCUCUUCUUGCUAAAAAGGAACCUUCUCGUGGGACUACAAGGCACUCAAAGACGGCUUCUUCGAGGAUAUUUGACCAACAAGACAAGCUCAGACAUUCUUCACCAAGCAAGCGUUUUAGUUUCAGCCUCGGUCGUCUCAGCAGAAGUUUCACCUUCAGAGAAGAUUCAUCAGCUACUGAGUCUAUGAGAUUUGAUGGUUUAGCUUGUCCAUCUCAUCAGUCAAGUAAUACGGAGGAGGAGAAGCACAACACUCACGCUGGUGGAUCUCGAGUUAGCCCUCUACGAAGGCUUCUUGACCCUUUACUGAAACCCAAAGGCUCAAUUUCUCCCAAUCAAGAUGAAAAGAAGAAGCAGUCGAGAACACGAGCUCUUUUACAGCUAACGAUCAGAAACGGCAUCCCUCUAUUUCAGUUUGUGGUCGAUGAUGACAACCACAACAACAAGAGCAGGAGCAUCCUAGGCGCUACAAUGAAAAGCUCUGCUUCAUCGUACAAAGACGAAGAUUCUGCUAAGUACUGCACAUUCUACUCUGUCAAUGAAGCGAAAAAGAAAAAAAGCGGAAGCUGGCUGAUCCAUGGACACAAAGACAAACAACAACAAGACAGGUUCGUCUACAAUGUCAUCGGUGAAAUGCGGUUGUGCAACUCAGAUAUAACAGAGCUUAAACCGGAAAACAUAUCUUAUGCGACGAGAGAAUCAGUGCUCGUUGAUGAAACAGAGGAGCAAGUAAAAGGGAGGAAAGAGGUUGCAGCCGUGGUGAUCAAGAAAGGAGAAACGACAGUGAUAAUUCCAGGUGGUGUUCACAGUAUCCCGGAGAAAGGAGAACCGACGCCGUUGAUUAGAAGGUGGAGAUCGGGAGGGUGUUGCGACUGCGGUGGCUGGGAUGUCGGAUGUAAACUCCAUGUCCUCUCCAACAAUAAUACACUCUUCCUCCAUGGUUUUGACCAAACCUUCACACUUUUCGAUCAGGAAGAAAGUGAUAAAACUUCAGGUCCGGUCUUGGCGAUGAGGGAGCUCAAGACAGGGAUGUAUAGGGUGGAGUUUGGUUCGUUUCUUUCGCAUCUACAAGCGUUUUUUGUGUGCGUAACGGCUUUAACGUGUGCCUCCGAGGAGGAAACGGUGUCAAAGACCACCGCAAAAAAUUCCUCGCCGUUUGCUCCGCCUCUAUCUCCUGUUGGUAGAGCCUAAAUACCCCCCCCCCCCCCCCCCCCCCCCCCCCCACAAACUUGGGGACAGAGAGAGAGAGAGAGAGUGUAGAGUUUUUUUUUUUUUUUUUUUUUGUCACAGAGAGUAUGCCAUACAUAUUGUCUUGGUAUCGGGUCGAUACUAUACAGUCAGUGGGAUGAAAUGUAAGAUGUUUAGCCUCUCGGCAUUCAUAGUCAUAGAAGCAUUUGAUCUGUGACCAGUUCACUUCCAUUGAUUCAUGCUCUCGUCUUUUUCAAACAACACAAAAGAAGAAUGAAAAGAAAAAGAAAAAAAUACCACCUGUACUUCUUAACGAGCGUCCCAUUAACUACUAAUACUA